UCAGGCGCUGUCCGCGCCCCCGGUGCUGAAGCGACAUGGCCGGCGGCCGGGCCCCGGCGUGAGCCCCGAGCCCCGCGCUGCGCCCGCCGUGCCCUGGCCGCCCGGAGUCAUGUCUCUGCUGUGCGUCGGAGUCAAAAAAGCCAAGUUUGAUGGUGCCCAGGAGAAGUUCAACACAUACGUGACCCUGAAGGUGCAGAACGUGAAGAGCACAACCAUCGCCGUGAGAGGCAGCCAGCCCAGCUGGGAGCAGGACUUCAUGUUCGAGAUCAACCGCCUGGACCUGGGCCUGACGGUGGAGGUGUGGAACAAGGGCCUCAUCUGGGACACGAUGGUGGGCACUGUGUGGAUCCCGCUGCGGACCAUCCGCCAGUCCAACGAGGAGGGCCCAGGAGAGUGGCUGACACUGGACUCCCAGGCCAUCAUGGCGGACAGCGAGAUUUGUGGCACCAAGGACCCCACUUUCCACCGCAUCCUUCUGGACGCACAUUUUGAGCUGCCCUUGGACAUCCCUGAGGAGGAGGCUCGGUACUGGGCCAAGAAGCUGGAGCAGCUGAACGCCAUGCGUGACCAGGACGAGUACCCCUUCCAGGACCAGCCGGACAAGCCGUUGCCCGUGCCCAGCAGCCAGUGUUGUAACUGGAAUUACUUCGGCUGGGGAGAACAGAACGACGACCCCGACAGUGCGGUGGAUGACCGCGACAGUGACUACCGGAGUGAGACGAGCAACAGCAUCCCACCGCCCUACUACACCACGUCGCAGCCCAACGCCUCUGUGCACCAGUACUCCGUGCGGCCACCGCCCCUGGGGUCCCGGGAGUCCUACAGCGACUCCAUGCACAGUUACGAGGAGUUCUCAGAGCCGCGGGCACUCAGCCCCACAGGCAGCAGCCACUACGCGUCCUCCGGGGAGCUGAGCCAGGGCAGCUCACAGCUGAGCGAGGACUUCGACCCCGAUGACCACAGCCUGCAGGGCUCGGAGCUGGAUGACGAAAGGGACCGCGACUCCUACCAUUCCUGCCACAGCUCUGUGAGCUACCACAAGGACUCACCCCGCUGGGAUCAGGAGGAGGAGGAUCUGGAAGAUGAGGAGCUGCCCGAAGAGGAGGAGGAGCUGGAGGAGGAGGAGGAGGAGCUGGAGGAGGAGGAGGAGCUGGAGGAGGAGGACUUGGAGGAGGAGGAGGAGGUGCCCGAUGACCUGGCUAGCUAUGCCCAGGAGGAGGACACCAGUGUAGCUGAACCCAAAGAGUUCAAGCGCAUCAGCUUCCCACCAGCUGCACCUCAGAAGGAUGACAAGGUCCCAGCUGUGCCCACAGAAGCCCCCGACGUGGCCAAGGGCAUCCCCAAGCCUGCCACACCUGAAGAGAGGGCAGCAGCAGAGCAUGCACAGGAAGCCGAGCCCCCCAAGGCUGAAGAGAGUUUCAGGUCUCGAGAGGACGAGGAGGGCCAGGAAGGGCAGGAUGCCAUGUCCAGGGCCAAAUCUAACUGGCUGCGAGCUUUCAACAAGGUGCGGAUGCAGCUGCAGGAGGCCCGAGGGGAAGGAGAGAUGUCCAAGUCCCUAUGGUUCAAAGGCGGCCCAGGUGGCGGCCUCAUCAUCAUUGACAGUAUGCCAGACAUCCGGAAGCGGAAGCCCAUUCCCCUCGUGAGCGACCUGGCUAUGUCGCUGGUCCAGUCGCGGAAGGCGGGCAUCACCUCGGCCUUGGCCUCCAGCACGUUGAACAAUGAGGAGCUGAAAAACCAUGUUUACAAGAAGACCCUGCAAGCCUUAAUCUACCCCAUCUCCUGCACCACGCCGCACAACUUCGAGGUGUGGACGGCCACCACGCCCACCUACUGCUACGAAUGCGAGGGGCUGCUGUGGGGCAUCGCGCGGCAGGGCAUGCGCUGCACCGAGUGCGGCGUCAAGUGCCACGAGAAGUGCCAGGACCUGCUCAACGCGGACUGCCUGCAGCGGGCGGCGGAGAAGAGCUCCAAGCAUGGCGCCGAAGACCGCACGCAGAACAUCAUCAUGGUGCUGAAGGACCGCAUGAAGAUCCGCGAGCGCAACAAGCCCGAGAUCUUCGAGCUGAUCCAGGAGAUCUUCGCCGUCACCAAGAGCGCCCACACACAGCAGAUGAAGGCUGUCAAGCAAAGCGUGCUGGACGGCACGUCCAAAUGGUCCGCCAAAAUCAGCAUCACGGUGGUCUGUGCCCAGGGCUUGCAGGCCAAGGACAAGACAGGAUCCAGUGAUCCAUACGUCACCGUCCAGGUGGGGAAGACCAAGAAAAGGACAAAGACUAUCUAUGGGAACCUGAACCCGGUGUGGGAAGAGAACUUCCACUUUGAGUGCCACAACUCCUCCGACCGCAUCAAAGUGCGCGUCUGGGACGAAGAUGACGACAUCAAGUCUCGCGUGAAGCAGAGGUUUAAGAGGGAGUCUGACGACUUCCUGGGGCAGACCAUCAUCGAGGUGCGGACGCUCAGUGGCGAGAUGGACGUGUGGUACAAUCUGGACAAGAGGACAGACAAGUCCGCCGUGUCAGGGGCCAUUCGGCUUCACAUCAGUGUGGAGAUAAAAGGGGAGGAGAAGGUGGCGCCGUACCAUGUCCAGUACACCUGUCUGCAUGAGAACCUGUUCCACUUCGUGACAGACGUGCAGAACAACGGUGUGGUGAAGAUCCCUGAUGCCAAAGGCGAUGACGCCUGGAAGGUUUACUAUGACGAAACAGCCCAGGAGAUCGUGGACGAGUUUGCCAUGCGCUAUGGCGUGGAGUCCAUCUACCAAGCCAUGACCCACUUUGCCUGCCUCUCCUCCAAGUACAUGUGCCCUGGGGUCCCUGCUGUCAUGAGCACCCUGCUGGCCAACAUCAACGCCUACUACGCCCACACCACCGCCUCCACCAACGUGUCUGCCUCUGACCGCUUCGCCGCCUCCAACUUCGGGAAAGAGCGCUUCGUGAAACUUCUGGACCAGCUACACAACUCCCUGAGGAUCGACCUGUCCAUGUACCGGAACAACUUCCCGGCCAGCAGCCCGGAGCGUCUGCAGGACCUCAAGUCCACGGUGGACCUCCUCACCAGCAUCACCUUCUUCCGAAUGAAGGUUCAGGAGCUGCAGAGCCCGCCCCGCGCCAGCCAGGUGGUGAAGGACUGUGUGAAGGCCUGCCUCAACUCCACCUACGAGUACAUCUUCAAUAACUGCCAUGAACUGUAUGGACGCGAGUACCAGACGGACCCGGCCAAGAAGGGGGAGGUCCCCCCCGAGGAGCAGGGCCCCAGCAUCAAGAACCUGGACUUCUGGUCCAAGCUGAUCACACUCAUCGUGUCCAUCAUCGAGGAGGAUAAGAAUUCCUACACGCCGUGCCUGAACCAGUUUCCCCAGGAGCUGAAUGUGGGAAAGAUCAGUGCUGAGGUGAUGUGGAGCCUGUUUGCUCAAGACAUGAAGUACGCCAUGGAGGAGCAUGACAAACACCGGCUGUGCAAGAGCGCCGACUACAUGAACCUGCACUUCAAGGUCAAGUGGCUGUACAACGAGUACGUGGCCGAGCUGCCCGCCUUCAAGGACCGGGUGCCCGAGUACCCCGCGUGGUUCGAACCCUUCGUCAUCCAGUGGUUGGAUGAGAAUGAAGAGGUGUCCCGGGAUUUCUUGCAUGGUGCACUGGAGCGAGACAAGAAGGAUGGGUUCCAGCAGACGUCGGAGCACGCCCUGUUCUCCUGCUCCGUGGUGGACGUCUUCUCCCAGCUCAACCAGAGCUUCGAGAUCAUCAAAAAGCUCGAGUGUCCCGACCCCCAGAUCGUGGGCCACUACAUGCGGCGCUUCGCCAAGACCAUCAGCAAUGUGCUGCUGCAGUAUGCCGACAUCGUCUCCAAGGACUUUGCCUCCUACUGCUCCAAGGAGAAAGAGAAAGUGCCCUGCAUCCUCAUGAACAACACACAGCAGCUCCGGGUGCAGCUGGAGAAGAUGUUUGAGGCGAUGGGCGGGAAGGAGCUGGACGCCGAGGCCAGCGGUACCCUGAAGGAGCUGCAGGUGAAACUCAACAACGUCCUGGAUGAGCUCAGCCACGUGUUCGCCACCAGCUUCCAGCCACACAUCGAGGAGUGUGUCAAACAGAUGGGUGACAUCCUGAGCCAGGUGAAGGGCACGGGCAACGUGCCUGCCAGCGCCUGCAGCAGCGUGGCCCAGGAUGCAGACAACGUGCUACAGCCCAUCAUGGACCUGCUGGACAGCAACCUCACCCUGUUCGCCAAAAUCUGCGAGAAGACGGUUCUGAAGCGCGUGCUGAAGGAGCUGUGGAAGCUGGUGAUGAACACCAUGGAGAAGACGAUCGUGCUGCCGCCGCUCACAGACCAGACGAUGAUUGGCACCCUCUUGAGAAAACAUGGCAAGGGCCUAGAAAAGGGCAGGGUGAAACUGCCAAGCCACUCAGACGGAACACAGAUGAUCUUCAAUGCCGCCAAGGAGCUGGGCCAGCUGUCCAAACUCAAGGAUCACAUGGUACGUGAAGAAGCCAAGAGCCUCACCCCAAAGCAGUGCGCCGUGGUCGAACUGGCCCUGGACACCAUCAAGCAAUACUUCCACGCGGGGGGCGUGGGCCUCAAGAAGACCUUCCUGGAGAAGAGUCCGGACCUCCAGUCCCUGCGCUACGCCUUGUCGCUCUACACGCAGGCCACCGACCUGCUCAUCAAAACCUUCGUGCAGACGCAGGCCUCGCAGGGUAAGGGCGCCUCUGCUCCCCUCCGGGGCCAGCGGGAGUCAAGACGAAGGAGCAAGGGGUGAUUGACAGCUGCGGGACG